AUGCUGCGCGGCCCCAGCGAGCGUCGGGCCGGCCUGACCCCGGCGCGGUCUCGUACCAUCGCCCCGGCCGCCGGGAACCGGGACCUGGCGGAUACAGGGCUGUCCCCUCCCUACAUCACGGCUCCCUCGCCUGAGGAAAAUCGGCCCCUGACGCCUUGGACCCGGAGCCCGGGGCUCGCUGCCGAGCUGGUUCAGGGGCCGGGGCGGGAGGCUCGGAAACAGCCCCUCCUCAUUCGGGUCUCCUGGCACUGGAAAAUAAGCUUUGCUCCUUUUCUUCCAUGGGCUCGGUGUCACGUGCAGGCUGAGCACCGUGAGCUGAGAGCGCCCGUGAGGUUCCCUCGCGGGGCUCUUGGGGAUCCGGCCCCUGCCAGCCGGUGCAACGCGGCCCCAAAGAAGGCAGCCGCAGGGUUUUCCGAAUCCCUUGUGCUUCUCCCUCUUUCAAACGGGCACCACGGAGUACACGUUCAUUCUUUUCAACUUUGCUUCAAAAUGGACAGGCUUGUAAGGAGCGCCAUCUGGCCACGACACCUGUUGAUGUGGCGCUUAAGAAGAGCUAAACAAGGGAUCCAGCCGCCGCCCAACGACAGUCCGACCUUCUCUCUAAUUUGUAAAAACACAGAGCACUCGCCUCUCAGCCGUCUGUUCCCUGCCGGGGCAGCCAAGCCGCCCCGCGGGCUUCCUUGGGGGGCAAAUCCUGCGGAGAGGUGGCGGUACCGCGUGUGCGCGUGUCAGUGCGCGUGCCCGCGCGUAACUGAGCCUGUGCGCCCGGGAGUGGGCCUGUGCGUGUCGAUGUUGAGCUGUGGCUGGGGAAUGUGCGCGCGUGUGACUGAGCGCGCGCGGGGCGUGCGCAGCGGUGUCAGUUCGUGUCCAGCGAGGAGCGUGUGCGCCUGGCUGAGCACGUGUGUGAGCGCGCGUGUGUGGAGUGUGCGUGUGUUGCCCCGCGAACGGCGAGCGGAUGCGCCCCGGCUUCUGGAGCCCGCCCGGGAGCCGGGCAACCGCACACUUGAGAAGGCAGCCCCGCCGGUUUCGGUGACAGCGCACCCCCCGGGACCCUGCCUUUGUUCCCACGGGCGCUCGUCCGACUCUCCUGGAAGGCACUUUGCGGCUGGAGCCGAGGAUUGUUGGAGAGUUGACCUUUUUGCAGAAAUAGAGGAAAAGAGGGAGGAAGAAGUGGAGCGAAUAAAAACAUUUUUAAAAUGUCUUUCUGUUGCUUGUGUUACUACAGAAUGUGGCAGUGGGCGGUUUCGCUGUGGAAAUGGGCAUUGUAUCCCUGCUUCCUGGAGGUGUGAUGGGACCAAAGACUGUUUAGAUGACUCAGAUGAAGCUGACUGUGCUCCCAGGACCUGCCAGACAGGCUAUUUCAGGUGUCAGAGUGAUGGGCGAUGCAUCCCCCACUACUGGGUAUGCGACGAAGAUCACGACUGUAAUGAUAGCUCAGAUGAACAAAACUGUGCUCCAAAAACAUGCUCAAGUCAUCAAAUGGCAUGCUCCAAUGGCCAGUGUAUCCCAAGUGAAUACAGGUGUGAUCAUGUCAGAGACUGCCCAGAUGGAAUGGAUGAGAAAGACUGCCACUACCCAGCAUGUGAGCAGCAUACUUGUGCCAAUGGAGCCUGCUAUAACACUACUCAGAGGUGUGAUUGGAAGAUUGAUUGCAGGGACUACUCUGAUGAAAUCAACUGUACUGAAGUGUGCUUGCAAAACGAGUUUUCAUGUGGCAGUGGAGAGUGUAUCCCUAACACCUAUGUCUGCGACCAUGACAAUGAUUGUCAAGAUGGCAGUGAUGAACAUGCUUGCAACUACCCAACCUGCAGUGGUAACCAGUUCACUUGCCCCAAUGGCCAUUGCAUCCAUCAAAACUGGGUUUGUGAUGGAGAGGACGAUUGUAAAGAUAAUGGAGAUGAAGAUGGAUGUGAAAGCAAUGUUCAGAAAUGUCCUCCAAGACAAUGGGCUUGCCCAAACUCUGGACAAUGCAUCUCAAUUUAUAAUGUUUGUAAUGGGAAUAGUGAUUGCCCAGGAGGAGAGGAUGAAAACAGUACCACUACCGGAAAAUAUUGUGACACGACUAUGUGUUCUGCCUUGAGCUGUGAGUACCAAUGCCGCAGUACGCCAUAUGGAGGGGCGUGUUAUUGUCCUCAAGGUUAUAUCAUCAACCACAAUGACAGCCGAACCUGUGUUGAGUUUGAUGAUUGCCAGAUAUGGGGAAUUUGUGACCAGAAAUGUGAAAACCGAUUAUUAGGCUAUGCCCGGUGCCACUGUGAAGAAGGGUAUAUCUUGGAGCGUGAACGUCAUUGCAAAGCAAAUGAUUCCUUUGGUGAGGGCUCCAUCAUCUUCUCCAAUGGUCGGGAUUUGCUAAUUGGUGAUAUUCAUGGGAGAAACUUCCGGAGCCUCAUAGAGUCUGAGAAUCGUGGAGUGGCAGUGGGUGUGGAUUUCCACUAUCGCCUGCACAGAGUCUUUUGGACAGACGUUGUGCAAGAUAAGGUUUUUUCAGUUGAUAUUAAUGGUUUAAAUAUCCAAGAAGUUCUCAAUGUUUCUCUUGAUGCUCCAGAGAACCUGGCUGUGGACUGGGUUAAUGAUAAACUUUAUCUGGUCGAGACUAAGGUCAACCGUAUAGAUAUGGCCAAUUUGGAUGGAAGCUACCGGGUUACCCUUAUAACAGAAAACUUGGGGCGUCCUAGAGGAAUUGCCUUGGACCCAACUGUUGGUUAUUUAUUUUUCUCAGAUUGGGAGAGCCUUUCUGGGGAACCUAAACUUGAAAGGGCUUUCAUGGAUGGCAGCAACCGUAAAGACUUGGUAAAAACAAAGCUAGGAUGGCCUGCUGGGAUAACUCUGGAUAUGAUCACUAAGCGUGUUUACUGGGUUGACUCUCGGUUUGACUACAUUGAAACUGUAACUUAUGAUGGAAUCCAAAGGAAAACAGUAAUUCAUGGAGGGUCACUCGUUCCUCAUCCCUUUGGAAUAAGCUUGUUUGAAGGUCAUGUGUUCUUUACGGAUUGGACAAAGAUGGCUGUGAUGAAGGGAAACAAGUUCACAGAGAACAACCCAGAAGUGUACUACCAGUCUUCCCUGAGGCCCUAUGGAGUGACUGUUUACCAUUCUCUUAGACAGCCCUAUGCUAGAAAUCCGUGUGAAGAUAACAAUGGGGGCUGUGAGCAAGUCUGUGUCCUCAGUCACAGGACGGAUAAUGAUGGUUUGGGCUAUCGUUGCAAGUGCACAUUUGGCUUUGAGCUGGAUACGGAUGAGCACCACUGCAUUGCUAUUCGGAAUUUCCUGAUCUUUUCAUCCCAAUUAGCUAUUCGUGGGAUUCCAUUCACCUUGUCAACCCAGGAGGACGUCAUGGUUCCAGUGACUGGGAGUCCUUCUUUCUUUGUCGGGAUUGAUUUUGAUGCCCAGAACAGCACUAUCUUUUUUUCAGAUAUAUCAAAAUACAUGAUUUUUAAACAAAAGAUCGAUGGCACAGGAAGAGAAAUUCUUGCAGCUAACAGGGUGGAAAAUGUUGAAAGCUUGGCUUUUGAUUGGAUCUCAAAGAAUCUCUAUUGGACAGACUCUCAUUUCAAGAGUAUAAGUGUCAUGAAGCUAGCUGAUAAAUCAAGACGCACAAUAGUUCAUCAUUUAAACAACCCACGAUCAAUCGUAGUUCAUCCUACUGCUGGGUAUAUAUUCUUCUCUGAUUGGUUCCGUCCUGCUAAAAUUAUGAGAGCAUGUAGUGAUGGGUCUCACCUUUUGCCUAUAAUAAACACUACACUUGGAUGGCCCAAUGGCUUGGCCAUCGAUUGGAGUGCUUCACGAUUGUACUGGGUAGAUGCCUUUUUUGAUAAAAUUGAGCACAGCACCUUUGAUGGUUUAGAUAGAAGAAGACUGGGCCACAUAGAGCAGAUGACACAUCCAUUUGGAAUUACCAUCUUUGGAGAGCAUGUAUUUUUUAGUGACUGGAGACUGGGUGCUAUUAUUCAAGUCAGGAAAACAGAUGGUGGAGAUAUGACAGUUAUCCGAAGUGGUAUUUCUAAUGUAUUACAUUUGAAAUCAUACGAUAUCAACAUCCAAACUGGUUCUAACUCCUGUAAUCGACCCACUCAUCCUAACGGCGACUGCAGCCACUUCUGCUUCCCACUGCCAGACUUCCAGCGGGUGUGUGGGUGCCCUUAUGGAAUGAGACUGACUUCCAAUCACUUGACAUGCGAGGGGAACCCAACCGAUGAACCACCCACGGAGCAGUGUGGUGCAUUUUCCUUCCCCUGUGCAAACGGCAGAUGUGUGCCCAUUUACUACCGCUGUGAUGGAGUUGAUGACUGUCAUGAUAACAGUGACGAACAUCUCUGUGGCACAUCUAAUAGCACCUGUUCAUCUUCGGCGUUCACCUGUGGCCACGGAGGAACAUGCAUCCCUGCACACUGGCGCUGUGACAACCACAACGACUGUGUGGAUGGAAGUGAUGAGCAGAACUGUCCAUCCCGGUCACCUGCUUCCUGCCCUGAGACCCACUUCACCUGUGAUAAUGGACAGUGUGUCCCAAAGCACUGGCUCUGCGACACAGACAAUGACUGUGGAGAUGGAUCUGAUGAGAGGGACUGCCAGUUGGUAGAGACAUGCGAGUCAAGUCAGUUUCGAUGCCCUGAACAUCGCUGUAUUGAUGUGUCUUUUGUCUGUGAUGGAGAUAAAGACUGUGUGGAUGGAUCUGAUGAGGUUGGUUGUGUAUUAAACUGCACUGCUUCUCAAUUCAAGUGUGCCAAUGGCUAUACAUGUAUCAACAGCGUAAAGCGUUGUGAUGGCAUUUUUGACUGCAGUGACAACUCUGAUGAGGCAGGCUGUCCAACCAGGCCCCCUGGUAUGUGCCGCUUAGAUGAAUUUCAGUGCCAAGAAGAUGGUGACUGCAUCCCAGACUUUUGGGAGUGUGAUGGCCAUUCAGACUGCAUCUCUGGAUCUGAUGAGCAUCAUGGCUGUAUACCCAAGACCUGCGCUCCAUCACGUUUCCUCUGUGGCAAUGGAAACUGCAUCCACAGGGCAUGGCUUUGUGAUGGGGACAAUGACUGCGGGGAUAUGAGUGAUGAGAUGACCUGCCCUACUCAGUCCUUUCACUGUCCCAGUUGGCAGUGGCAGUGUCCUGGCCAUAGCAUCUGUGUGAAUCUGAGUGCAGUGUGUAAUGACGUCUUUGAUUGCCCCAAUGGGACAGACGAGUCCCCACUUUGCAACCAGAACAACUGUGCUGAUUUCAAUGGUGGUUGUACUCAUGAAUGUAUUCAAGAGCCCUUUGGGGCUAGAUGUAUGUGUCCUGUGGGAUAUUUACUUGCCAAUGAUUCUAAGACUUGCGAAGACAUAGAUGAAUGUGCUAUUCCAGGCUCUUGUAGCCAGCAUUGUUACAAUACAAGAGGUUCUUUCCGGUGUUCAUGUGAUAAUGACUAUGUAUUAGAAGGUGAUGGGAGGACUUGCAAAGCUACAGCAUCUGAAAGUCUGCUGUUAUUUGUCGCAAGUCAGAACAAAAUUAUUGUCGACAAUAUCACCUCCCAGGUCCACAAUAUCUAUUCAUUGAUCCAGGAUGGCUCUUACAUUGUAGCUAUUAAUUUUGAUUCAAUUAGUGGCCGUAUCUUUUGGUCUGAUGCAAGUCAGGGUAAAACUUGGAGUGCACUUCAAAAUGGAACAGACAGAAGAGUAGUAUUUGACAGUAGUGUCAUCAUGACUGAAACUAUUGCAGUAGAUUGGGUAGGCCGUAAUCUUUACUGGACAGACUAUGCCCUGGAAACAAUUGAAGUCUCUAAAAUUGAUGGGAGCCAUAGAACUGUGCUGAUUAGUAAAAACAUAACAAAUCCAAGGGGUCUAGCAGUAGAUCCAAGAAUGAAUGAGCAUUUUCUGUUCUGGUCCGACUGGGGCCAUCACCCUCGAAUUGAGCGAGCCAGUAUGGAUGGCAGUAUGCGCACUGUCAUUGUCCAGGACAAGAUCUAUUGGCCCAGUGGAUUAACUAUCGACUACCCUAACAGACUGCUUUACUUUAUGGAUACCUAUCUUGAUUACAUAGACUUUUGUGAUUAUAAUGGACAACAUCGAAGGCAGGUGCUAGCCAGUGACUUGGUUCUGCGGCAUCCCUAUGCCCUAACUCUCUUUGAAGAUAAUGUGUACUGGACUGACCGUGCUACUCGUAAAGUUAUGCAAGCCAACAAGUGGCAUGGGGGGAACCAGUCCAUUAUAAUGUAUAAUAUUCAGCAACCCUUUGGGAUUGUUGCAGUUCAUCCUUCGAAACAACCAAAUUCCGAGAAUCCAUGCGCCUCUGCCCGUUGCAGCCAUCUGUGCCUGCUUUCCUCCCAGGGACCUAAUUUUUACUCCUGUGCUUGUCCUUCAGGAUGGCAUCUCUCUUCUGAUCUUGUGACUUGCUUGAGAGAUGAUCACCCUUUCUUAAUAACUGUAAGACAGCACAUAAUUUUUGGAAUCUCCCUUAAUCCCGAUGAGAAGAGCAAUGAUGCUAUGGUCCCCAUAGCAGGGAUACAGUAUGGUUUAGAUGCUGAAUUUGAUGACACUGAGCAAUUCAUCUACUGGGUUGAGAAUCCAGGUGAAAUUCACAGAGUGAAGACAGACGGCACCAACAGGACAGUGUUUGCUUCUCUAUCUAUGGUGGGGUAUCCUAUGGGCCUGGCCUUAGAUUGGCUAUCAAGAAACCUUUAUUCCACCAAUCCUGGAAGUCAGUCAAUUGAGGUUCUGACACUCCGAGGAGAUAUCAGAUAUAGAAAAACACUGAUUGCCAAUGACGGAACAGCUCUUGGAGUUGGCUUUCCAAUUGGCAUAGUUGUUGAUCCUGCUCGUGGGAAGCUAUACUGGUCAGACCAAGGAACUGACAGUGGGGUUCCCGCCAAAAUCGCAAGUGCUAACAUGAAUGGCACAUCUUCAAAAAUUCUCUUCACUGGAAACCUUGAGCACCUGGAAUCUAUUACCCUUGACAUCAAGGAGCAGAAACUCUACUGGGCAGUCACUGGAAGAGGAGUGAUUGAAAGAGGAAACGUGGAUGGAACAGAUCGAAUGAUCCUGGUACACCAACUCUCCCAUCCCUGGGGAAUUGCAGUCUAUGAUUCCUUCCUUUAUUAUAGUGAUGAACAGUAUGAAGUUAUUGAAAGAGUUGACAAAGCUACUGGGGCCAACAAAGUAAUCUUAAGAGAUAAUGUUCCAAAUCUGAGGGGUCUUCGAGUUUAUCACAGACGCGAUGCUGCUGGAUCCUCAAAUGGCUGUAGCAACAACGUGAAUGCCUGUCAGCAGAUUUGCCUGCCUGUACCAGGAGGAUCGUUCUCCUGUGCCUGUGCCACUGGAUUUAAACUCAAUCCUGAUCAUCGGUCCUGCUCUCCAUAUAAAUCUUUCAUUGUUGUUUCGAUGCUGUCUGCUAUCAGAGGCUUUAGCUUGGAAUUGUCAGAUCAUUCAGAAGCCAUGGUACCAGUGGUAGGCCAAGGACGAAAUGCCUUGCAUGUGGAUGUUCAUGUGUCCUCUGGCUUUAUUUAUUGGUGUGACUUUAGCAGCUCAGUGGCAUCUUAUAAUGCAAUUCGUAGAAUUAAGCCAGAUGGAUCUUCUUUGACAAACAUCAUUACAUAUGGGAUCGGACAAAAUGGAGUCCGGGGUAUAGCAGUGGAUUGGGUAGCAGGAAAUCUUUAUUUCACCAAUGCCUUUGUGUCUGAAACCCUGAUAGAAGUUCUACGGAUCAAUACCACAUACCGCCGUGUUCUCCUUAAAGCAACAGUGGAUAUGCCUAGGCAUAUUGUUGUAGACCCCAAGAACAGAUACCUCUUCUGGGCUGACUAUGGACAGAAACCAAAGAUUGAACGUUCUUUUCUUGACUGUACCAAUCGAACCGUGCUUGUAUCAGAGGGCAUUGUCACUCCACGGGGCUUGGCAGUGGACCAUAGCAAUGGUUAUGUUUACUGGGUUGAUGAUUCUUUAGAUAUAAUAGCAAGGAUUCAUAUCAAUGGAGAGGAAUCUCAAGUGAUUCGUUAUGGCAGUCGUUACCCAACUCCUUAUGGCAUCACUGUUUUUGGAAAUUCUAUCAUAUGGGUAGACAGGAAUUUGAGAAAAAUCUUCCAAGCUAGUAAGGAACCAGAGAACACAGAACCACCAACAGUGAUACGAGACAAUAUCUACUGGCUAAGAGAUGUGACCAUCUUUGAUGAGCAAGUCCAACCCCGGUCACCUUCAGAAGUCAACAACAACCCUUGCUUGGAAAAUAAUGGGGGGUGCUCUCAUCUCUGCUUUGCUCUGCCAGGAUUACACAUCGCAAAAUGUGCCUGUGCCUUUGGGAACCUAGAAAGUGAUGGCAAGAGCUGUGCCAUUUCAACAGAAAAUUUCCUCAUUUUUGCCUUGUCUAAUUCCUUGAGAAGCUUACACUUUGACCCUGAAAACCAUAGCCCACCUUUCCAAGAAAUAAGUGUUGAAAGAACUGCUAUAGCGCUGGACUAUGACAGUGUAAGUGAUAGAAUCUACUUCACACAAAAUUUUGACUCUGGACGUGGCCAGAUUUCCUACGUGAGCCCGUCUUCAGGGAUCUAUACUCCGACUGUCAUUACUUCAGAUAUAGGGCCUGCUGAUGGCAUUGCCUUUGACUGGAUCAAUAGAAGAAUUUAUUACAGUGACUACCUCAAUCAGACAAUUAAUUCCAUGGCUGAAGAUGGGUCUAACCGCACUGUGAUAGCCCGUGUUUCAAAACCAAGAGCAAUUGUGUUAGAUCCUUGCCAAGGGUACCUAUACUGGACUGACUGGGAUACUCAUGCCAAAAUUGAGAGAGCCACAUUGGGAGGAAGCUUCCGGGUACCCAUUGUGAACAGCAGCCUUGUCUGGCCCAAUGGGCUGACACUGGACUAUGAGGAGGAACUUCUCUACUGGGCAGAUGCUAGUCU